GGCGGCCGCAGCCGCAGCAGCAGCAGCGGGGCGGUGGUGGCGGCUGCCGGCAGCUGUCAGCCCCCGCUCCGCCGGCGCCCACCGCCCGCCUGUCACCGCUUCGGGAGGGGGGGGGUGGAAGCACUGAGUGCGCCGAGGUGCUGACCCGCUUCCUUCCUUCCCUCCCUCCCUCUCUCCGGUCCUCUCUCUCCCCCCCAAAAAACCCUUUUCCUUCCUCCCUUCCGCCCGCCCAUCGCUGACAUCCUCCUCCGGCCGCCUCCCCGCCCCGGGCUGCGCGGCCCCCGCCGCCCCAGCGAGCGCUGCGCACAUCGCCCGAGCUGCAGCACCGAGCGAAUGUAUGAAAACAUGUCCACAAUGGUGUAUUUAAAGGAAGAGAAGUUGGAGAAGCUUACUCAAGAUGAAAUCAUUGCCAAAACUAAGCAAGUGAUCAAUGGACUAGAGGCACUGAAGAAUGAACACAAUUCAAUUUUACAGAGCUUACUUGAAACACUGAAAUGUUUGAAGAAAGAUGAUGAAACUAAUCUGGUUGAGGAAAAAUCAAACAUGAUUCGAAAGUCACUGGAAAUGCUGGAGCUUGGCCUUAGUGAAGCACAGGUAAUGAUGGCCUUGUCAAAUCACUUAAAUGCAGUGGAAUCAGAGAAGCAGAAACUGCGUGCUCAGGUUCGCCGGCUGUGCCAGGAAAAUCAGUGGCUACGGGAUGAACUAGCCAAUACACAGCAGAAACUACAGAAAAGUGAGCAGUCUGUGGCUCAGCUGGAGGAAGAAAAGAAACAUCUAGAAUUCAUGAAUCAAUUAAAAAAAUAUGAUGAUGACAUUUCACCGUCAGAGGAUAAAGAUACGGAUUCCACCAAAGAGCCUUUGGAUGACUUGUUUCCCAAUGAUGAGGAUGACCAAGGACAAGGAAUUCAACAGCAGCAUAGCAGUGCAGCAGCUGCUGCCCAGCAAGGUGGCUAUGAAAUUCCAGCAAGAUUACGGACCCUUCAUAACCUUGUUAUUCAGUAUGCUUCCCAAGGGAGAUAUGAGGUUGCUGUGCCUCUCUGUAAACAAGCUCUUGAAGAUCUGGAGAAGACUUCGGGUCAUGACCAUCCUGAUGUUGCCACUAUGUUGAACAUACUUGCUUUGGUGUACAGAGACCAGAACAAAUACAAAGAUGCAGCAAAUCUCCUGAAUGAUGCCUUGGCUAUCCGUGAAAAGACUUUGGGCAAAGAUCAUCCAGCGGUGGCAGCAACUCUAAACAAUCUUGCAGUACUUUAUGGUAAACGGGGAAAGUACAAAGAAGCUGAACCACUGUGUAAGCGAGCUCUGGAAAUCAGAGAAAAGGUCCUGGGGAAAGAUCACCCUGAUGUUGCCAAACAAUUAAAUAAUUUGGCUUUACUAUGCCAGAACCAGGGUAAAUAUGAGGAGGUUGAAUACUACUAUCAGAGGGCACUUGAAAUCUACCAAACUAAACUGGGACCAGAUGACCCAAAUGUUGCGAAAACAAAGAACAAUCUGGCAUCCUGCUAUCUAAAACAGGGCAAGUUUAAGCAAGCGGAAACUUUAUACAAAGAGAUUCUUACUCGCGCCCAUGAACGGGAGUUUGGCUCUGUAGAUGAGGAAAAUAAGCCUAUCUGGAUGCAUGCAGAAGAGAGGGAAGAAUGCAAAGGGAAGCAAAAAGAUGGCACAUCUUUUGGAGAAUAUGGUGGCUGGUACAAAGCUUGCAAAGUUGACAGUCCAACAGUAACAACUACUUUAAAGAACCUUGGGGCACUUUACAGACGACAGGGCAAAUUUGAAGCUGCUGAAACAUUAGAAGAGGCAGCAAUGAGAUCUCGUAAACAGGGUCUUGACAAUGUUCACAAACAGAGAGUUGCUGAAGUGCUGAAUGACCCUGAGAGCAUAGAGAAAAGGCGGAGCCGGGAAAGCCUCAACGUGGAUGUGGUAAAGUACGAGAGUGGCCCUGACGGAGGCGAGGAAGUGAGUAUGAGCGUAGAGUGGAACGGGGCCUAGAUGCCUUUUGUGAUUCUUAUACUGUCUCCUGCAUGACGGGCGUGCACCAUCUUCAAGCUUUAACUUCUUUCUUCAGUACUGACUGCUGUGUUUUAGCAAACCCCUUAAGAUUCUUGUCAGAGCUACACUUCCCUGUAAACUGGCCAUUCCUUCAGUGCUGGUGUCUUUUUUGGUUUUCUAUUUCUGUACAUGUGUAGCUUUGCCAGAUAUGUAUCUAGUCAUACAAAAUGUUAUUACAACCAUUUGCUGUGUAAUACAUUAGUAAAAAAAAAAAACAAAAACCCAGACAAGUAACAAUGACCUUUAUAAGUAGCUGUUCACUAUGGAAUAAAGGUAGUUAAAAGUAUCACACAAGGUAUUAUUGAAAUGGCAUGAUGGUGAUCUUUACAGGAGAAAAACCAAACCCAUAAAAGUAAGGCAUGUUCUCCAAGUGCUUUAAAAUGUAUUUAGAGACCUAUUAUAUGGUUAACAUCAAUAUGGAACUCUGGAUGUCUUCACUUAUGAUUAUUCUAAAGUAGCAUUGCUGUUUAGUCUUUGUGUGAGAUUUUGGCAAUUAUGCUUUUCUCUACUAAUCUUGGUGUUCAGUGAUUUGUGUAUUUGUCUUUCUAACUUCUAAUAAACUCACUCCAACU